CAAAAGCUCUCCAGUAUUAGGAUUGCUAAUAUUAGUGUUAUUGGCAGGCUUGCUAGAUUAUUCUUAUAUUGAAGCAAACGCCGACCCUAAUUACCCUUUCUUACCUAUUGAGAUUCAGAGCCUUCAUUUUCCUCCUCAGUUCUAUUUUGGAACAGCUAUCGCUGCUUUUCAAGUUGAAGGAGAACACAACAAAAGUGGUAAAGGACCCAGUAUCUGGGAUACAUUUACACAUGAGCAUCCAGAGAGAAUAACAGAUGGAAGCAAUGGAGACGUUGCUGUCGAUUUUUAUCACAAGUACAGAGAAGAUAUCAGGAUAGUGAGCAAGGGGCUUGGAAUGAAUGCUUUCAGAUUCUCCAUUUCAUGGCCAAGAGUGAUCCCUAGUGGAAGAGUUUGUGAAGGAGUAAAUGAAGAAGGGAUUGCAUAUUACAAUAGAGUCAUCGAUGAAGCAAAAAUGAAUGGAUUGGAGCCAUUUGUGACCAUAUUCCAUUGGGAUGUUCCUCAAGCUCUUGAAGACAAGUAUGGUGGCUUCUUGAGCUCUAGAAUAGUGGGUGAUUUCAAGGAUUUCGCAGAACUUUGCUUUGAAAGAUUCGGGGACCGAGUGAAGCACUGGAUAACACUGAAUGAACCAUAUGAGUUUAGUAUGGGAGGGUAUGAAGCUGGUAAUUCUGCACCAGGGAGGUGUUCGUCAUGGGUGAAUCGGGCAUGCGCCGCCGGAGACUCAUCUACUGAACCUUACAUCGUCGCCCAUCAUCUCAUCCUCGCUCAUGCUCAGGCCGUCAACUUGUACCGGACAAAGUACAAGAAAUUAGGAUCGACCGACAGGAUUGGAAUAACUCUUGAUGUGACGUGGACUGUACCUCUUACCGAUAGCCACGAUGAUAUUGAAGCUGCUCAUCGCAGCCUUGAUUUCAAAUUUGGCUGGUUUAUGGAUCCCAUAAACUUUGGUCACUAUCCAGAAUCGAUGAGGAGAUUAGUUGGGGCAAGGUUGCCCGAAUUUACGUGGGAGCAAAAAUUGAUGGUUAAAAACUCCUACGAUUUUAUCGGCAUAAACUCAUACACUUCCUCCUAUGCUUCUUCCAAUUUCACCCCUGACUCUAAUCCAACCCAUAUUAGGGCUACAACUGAUACGCGUGUUAAUUUAACCGAUUACAAGGAUGGGAAAGCCAUAGGUGAACAGGGUACUCCAGACUGGUUGUUUGUGUACCCAAAAGGAAUCCUGGAUGUACUGAGAUAUACCAAAGAUACCUACAAAGAUCCAAUUAUCUAUAUCACUGAAAACGGAAUCGGUGAUGCCGUGAAUCUCUCUCGUCAAGAAACACUUAAUGAUCAGUGGAGGAUAGACUACCAUGGAGGUCAUCUUUACAAUCUCCGUCGAGCCAUUUGUGAAUACAAGGUUAGGGUGGAAGGUUAUUUUGUUUGGACAUUAACGGACAACCUUGAAUGGGCAACCGGAUUUACAGUAAGGAUGGGGUUGUAUAGCGUCGACCGCAACAGCAAAGAAUUGACAAGAACUCCGAAGGAGUCGGCCGGGAGGUUCUUUAACUUUCUGAAUAACUUACGUCACGGCAAUGGCGGCAGUCCUAUUCCUGUGGAAGAUAUAUGCUCAACACACAUACCAAUAAGACCCCCACCCCCACCCCCACCCCCAGUGGUUGCACAUGAUGAGCUAUAAUUAAUUAUAGUAUUCUACUAUUCAACAACAAAAAAUAAGUUGUUAAAUUCCACAUGCAUGCAUUGUGUGCUUCACAUUGCAAACAAUAACGAGUUUGGAACAGACAUG